UCAAACUCAAAAGUCAAAACCCUACCGCAACUUCUUCUGUCCGUCUGCUGUGAAUCCUGAAUCGUUUCGGUAUCGGGAAUUCAAUCUAGGGAUGGCAAAAAUAUCCGUAACCGUGGAUAUUCGCCCGAACCCGGCCUAAUCGGGUAGGGUAAAACCCGAAUUCGAAGGACAUUUAGUGGGUACGGGUAAAAUUCGAACCCGAAUAUUGCGGGUAAUGGGUGGGCAUGGGUUUCUCAGUAUCCAACCCGAACCCGCCCGAUUAUACACAUACAUAUGUAUUUUGUCUAGAAAUAGUCAUUAUUUUUCUCUAACAUAUUUUAUAUUUAGCAUAUAAAUAUAAUAUGUUCAUGAAAUUGUGUUGUUUUAAUUAAUUUUCUUCAUUCUAGUGAAUUAUUGUCAUACUUUUCCUCUUGCGUAAUGUGAGAAUACGUGUGAAUGUUAAUAUAUUAGUUGGAGUUAUGAAGAGAAAUCAUUACCCAUGGAUAACCGUGGAUACCCGAAACCCGAACGAGUAUGUGCAUGGUUUUAAUUUUCUACCCGUUUCAUAUGUGGGUGUGGGUAUGAGUAUGAGUAAAACUCGAACUACUUUGGGUAGGAUAACGAAUAUGCCAGUGCUGUCAAAGCCGAGCCGAGCCGGCCGGCCGAGCCGCCAAAACCGCCAACCGCCCAUAAAACCGGCUCGACUCAGCUAUUUAGCCGGAGUGGUUAUUUGGGGCGGUCGGCGAGCGGCCGAAGCGGUUAACCGCUCGAACCGCUCGAGCCGCUCGCCCGGUUUUUAGCAUUUGGGCCGGUUGAUGUAAUUAAAAAAAAAACAGAAACUAAAAAUCAAAAAUUAAAAUGAAAGGGGACGGGAGGCUGUCUGAACUCUCAAGGCCAAGGGAACCCUAAUUUUAUUUCGUUCCCUCUUCGGUUGCAGACGACGAAGGAGAAGCAGCUCCUCCGCAGCAUUCGUCCAGCGCCUUCGUCGCCCACCGGAAACGUAGCCUUCGUCCAGCGCUGUCGUCGUUUGUUCCCGUCGUCGUUCCAUCGCCGUCGCCAUCGCAUCUCGACGCCAGCCAAAACGCAUCUCGACGCCUUCCCCGUUCGUCCAAAACACAACUCGCCGCCGUUCCCCGCAGCCUUCGUCCAAGCCGCCAUCGUCGUUGACUCCUGUUGCCGGCGAGCGCAACGGAUGCGAAUCCGGUGAGGUCUCCCCUGCAUCGACCCCUGCUGCCUCUCUCCUGCAUCGACCCGCUGCCUCUGCUGCUGCCCUCCCUUCUCCAAUUGGCAAUUAACUUCUUCCCCAAUUAGCCUAGGUAAUCCAAUUCAUUCUUUCAUUUGUAAAGUUCAUGUUUGUAUCUUAAUGCGUAGAUGAACAGAAGUAGGCGAGAGGAAGAGUUGGCGUGAGGGUUCUUUCUUUCAUUUGUAAAGUAAUUCAAUUGUUUUAAAGCCAAGCCGAGAGUAUGAAGGAUAAGCAUAAAAUUUGUUUGUGUUACUGCCGUGAGAUUUCCAUGUCCCAUUUAGCAAUUUUUUUACUGAUUCGAUAAUUUACUUGUGGUUUACCAUGAUUAAGAAGUGUCUACUAUUUAUACAGAUGACUGUUUAUUAGGUACCGAUUCUUCAAUCAUCCUCCCCUAGGCGAGACCGCGAAAGAGAAAACUGCCGCCACUCCGGCCUUUGAAAGGUGAAACUCUUCAUUUUGGUAUUUUAUUUUGGCAAGGAUUCUAGGAAAUUUCCUUCAAUCUAGGGUUGUUCUGUUUGAAAAUUUGAUAAAUUAAGGAUCUUUUCAUCUUAGUGAGAAGCCCCAAAAGUUUUCUAACUAUACUGAACCAAUUAGCGUGUUUCCUUCAUGGUCACAAACCAAUUGAGCUCACUUUGAUGGCUAUAUUUUGUGCUCGAAAGUUCUCUUUCACGGCUACCCUCGAAACUUUCUAGGUCCUUGGAAGAACAUUUUCAUCCAUAUACACUUGGUGACUUUUUAAUCUUUCAAACUGGGAGCUUUUAUAUUGAAUCGGUGAUCAUGAAAUGCUGGGUGAAGUGCGGAACUGUGGUUGGUAGGUAUAGAAUUUGUAUUCCACUGAAACAUGAUAUUAUUUCUGCAUGUAAUAUGUCACUGUUCUUGGCCCUGAUUAUUACCGGUGAAACACUGAUUGAACUUCUGACCAUGAAUAUCUUAUUCCGGACUGGUUUCUUUUUCUGCUCAGACAACAUUGAUGAAAAGCCUUUCCCUUUCAGACUGGUGACUGGUCUCAUUGCUCCUGCAUUGCAAUAGCCAGUGAACCAGUGUCCAAGCCGGGUGUCUUUCCCUUUGCUCUCGCCCACCAGCAGCAGAUUUGGGAGGUUUGAUGUUACUCGCUGUGAAUUAGAUCACGUUUUCUGCUCCUUCCGCAAAUAUAUGUAUGUUUAGGUGCAGUAGCCUCUCCUCCCCCCCCCCCCCCCCCCCCCCCCCCCCCCCCCCCCCUUCUUUUCGAUCGGUCUUCUUUCAAUAUAUUUGUAUCCGACACUUUUUGGUGAUAGGCUGAUGACUAAUGAUGUUCCUUUGUUUUGGUGCACAGAUUGGUGCCAGCCUGCAAAGCAAGGCAUAUUCAACAGUCAUUUAAAACUUGUAGCCAGCUUUUCUCGGUACCUCCAAGUUCUUUGCCACCAUACCGAUUUGAAUAUGGGAACAGUGGGAUUGACCUCGAUGGUUUAUUCAAAUCCUGCACCAAACUCGAACAUGCUAAGUGCAUUCACACACUUAUGCUGGUAUCGGGAAAAGCUCAAAGCAGCUUUCUUUAUGGGAAACUCAUUAAUUUUUAUGCACAGCUUGGUCCCAUCUCAUUUGUGGAAGACAUUUUCAAAAAGAGCCCAAGAUCGGAUGUCUAUUUGUGGAAUACUAUGGUAUCUGCUUUUGUUCGACGUGGUCACUUCCAUGAAGCGGUAGACUGUUUCCACCAGCUUCUACUGACCUCUGGUGUGCGACCUGAUUUCUAUACCUUCCCUCCAGUGCUGAAAGCCUGCAGAAAUCUAUUUGAUGGAAUGAAGGUUCAUUGCUCCAUCUUGAAGCUUGGCUUUGAGUGGGAUGUCUUUGUGGCUGCUUCCUUAAUACACUUGUAUUCAAGGUUUGGGGUUGUGGAAGGUGCUUGCAGAUUGUUUCACAAUAUGCCAUACAGAGAUAGUGGUUCAUGGAAUGCCAUGAUUUCUGGAUAUUGCCUGAAUGGAAAUGCAGCAAAUGCAUUAGAACUUGCAGAUGCCAUGAGAUUGGAGGGGGAGAAGAUGGAUGCUAUUACCGUCGCUAGUACUCUUCCUGCAUGUGUACAGAUGAAUGAUGUUGUAGGAGGGAAGUUGAUGCAUUUGUAUGCCGUCAAGCAUGGCUUGGAGCUCAAUUUGUUUGUCUCCAAUGCAUUAAUCGACAUGUAUGGAAAAUUUGGCAGGUUAGGUGAUGCAAGGAGAGUUUUUGAGCAGAUGGUUAUCAAAGAUAUUGUCUCAUGGAAUUCUAUAAUUGCUGCAUAUGAACAACAUGGUGAACCCAUCGAUGCUCGUUUACUAUUUGACAAUAUGCAACAAUUGGGAAUCCAACCUGAUGCAUUUACACUUGUUAGUUUGGCUUCUAUUGUUUCUCAAUUGAGUGAUCACAGGAGUGGCAAGUCCCUACAUGGAUUUUUACUCAGGAAGGGAUAUUUUUCCGAUGCUGUUAUUACUGGAAAUGCAGUGGUGGACAUGUAUGCCAAAAUGGGUACCACAGAAUACGCAAGAGCUGUCUUUGAAGGACUCCCUAUUAAAGACGUGGUUACGUGGAACAGUUUAAUUACUGGUUAUGCUCAGAAUGGUUUAGCAAACGAAGCAAGCAAUAUAUUCCAUAUGAUGGAAGAGUCGAAAGAUAUAUCCCCAAGCCAAGGUACAUGGGUUAGCAUAUUACCUGCUUACUCACAGCUAGGUGCCUUGGGGCAGGGGAUGCUAAUUCAUGCUCGGGUUAUAAAAGACUCCAUGUGGUCAGAUAUUUAUGUUGGAACAUGCCUUGUUGACCUGUAUGGAAAGUGUGGUAGAUUGGAUGAUGCUGUGUCUUUAUUUUAUGAAGUGCCUAGGCAAAGCUCUGUUCCUUGGAAUGCCAUAAUAUCUUGUCACGGAGUUCAUGGACAUGGCGAGAGAGCUCUUGAAUUCUUUCGAGAAAUGCUUGAUGGAGAAGUGAAGCCAGAUCACGUGACAUUUGUUUCUCUACUGUCAGCUUGUAGUCAUUCAGGUCUGGUAAGCGAUGGGGAGUGGUGCUUCUGUUUGAUGCAGGAAAAAUUUGGAAUUAAGCCUAUUUUGAAGCAUUACGGUUGCAUGGUAGAUUUGUAUGGCAGAGCUGGUCUCUUGGACGUGGCGUUCGAGUUUAUUAAAAGCAUGCCAAUGAAGCCUGAUGGAUCCAUCUGGGGUGCUUUGAUCAGUGCUUGCAGGAUUCAUAGGAAUGUCGAGCUGGGUAAAUAUGCUUCGGAUCGCUUGUUCGAAGUCGACUCGGAAAAUGUUGGGUACUAUGUUCUACUGUCGAAUAUGUAUGCGAACGCUGGGAAAUGGGAAGGAGUUAAUGAUGUGAGGUCUUUGGCUAGAGGAAUGGGGUUGAAGAAGACUCCCGGAUGGAGCUCGAUUGAAGUAGACAAGAAGGUCAAUGUGUUCUACACAGGGAACCAGACCCAUACACAGUGUAAUGAAAUAUACAAGGAGCUGAAGGAAUUGUGUGAGAAAAUAAAGGCCAAGGGUUAUGUUCCCGACUUUGGUUUCGUGUUGCAGGAUGUCGAGGACGAUGAGAAGGAGCAUAUCCUCAUGAGUCAUAGUGAGAGGUUGGCGAUUGCAUAUGGAAUAAUCAGCACUCCACCCAAAAGCUCCCUUAGGAUCUUCAAAAACUUGCGAGUCUGUGGAGAUUGCCAUAGUGCGAUUAAGUGUAUAUCCGAUAUCACAGGUAGGGAAAUUGUUGUCAGGGAUUCCAACCGUUUCCAUCAUUUCAAGGAUGGAAGUUGUUCCUGUGGGGAUUACUGGUGAUGCAGACAUUACUGUGUAGCAUAACAUUUAGCUUGUGAACCUUUUCGUCCAUUAUGCAAUCCGUUGCAUGAACGUUAACUGAAUUGGGGGAGAGAUUUGGGGCGUUUUAUUUGUUAGUAACUCAAGUAUGCCAACUGCUGUUACACUGGCCAGUUCACCACUUUUGCUCUGUGUGGCUUCGUCCGUGCUUAGGUAAUCUGGCUCUUCAUUAGUGCUUUGAUGCUUCCUUGUUUGUGUGCUAGACUGCUAGGUAGUACUGUGAACUGUUCUUAGCUUCUUAGAUAAUCAAUGUCUCUCUGGUUGAUAAUCUAGCUUUGGAACGUAGAUUAUUGCGAAGUUUGGUUGCAAUGUAAUUGUUGAUUCCAGCUGAGAGCUGAUGACCCAGAGCAGUUACAAGCACUUAAUUAGUUUGUUAUUGGGGUUUUGAUUCAUAGCGGAAAAUAGCUCUGAAAUGUGAGCAACUCUAAAUAUAGCACUCUUAUGUGUUCCUUGUUUUCCACUGAUUUAAUGGAUGCCUUUGGAUUGGGCCAUUUCCUGUAGGAAUAACUUUGCUUAACUGAGGCUCUUCUUUUAUGUCGGUUAGAUAAUAUGAACUCCUGGGCUGGUCCUUGCUUAAUUUGAUAGUUUGUUUGUGUGAGUUCUGAUGUAAUUUGGGUUGGCUUAAACCGUCCCUGGUCGGAUUAGACAGUGCCCUAGACAGGCUGUAGCAGAAGGAGGCUGAACUCUCCCAAUAAUUUUGCUUUAGAUUAGAAAACCAUUAUCUUGUUGAGGGAGGGGAAGUGUCUGUAAUGGACGAUACUCUGUUGCUGCAAUUUCGUGGAUUCUGCUUCAAUACUGUGAUGUUUCAUUCAACGUAUAAAAGUUAAUAGUUUGA